AUGUCUAAUUUAGCAGGAAAAGCAAGUUACUUUGGAACCGGGUCAAAUUCGCCAAGCGAUUUGAUUGCAAUAAGGGAAAACUUAGGCUUAAUGUCAACGCGAGAUAUGCCACUAGGAGAGUUUCGAUUGAAAGAUCUCAAAUACGAAAUUAGUUCUGCAAAGAAGAUUUUGAGAAGCAUAAAUAAUGACAUUCAAUCUAUAAAAGAUAAGCAUUCCAAAGAAUUCAAAAGUAUUUGGAUGACCAUCAAGGAGAUCAAAGAGCUGAAGGAUGAGAAAGAGCCCUUGCAAAUGCAAAGAGAAAAUUCCCCAGCCAAUUCAAAAGUAGUAUCAAAUCAAAUAUUUGAAUUGCAGACAAAAGUGAAUGAAAUGCUCACCGAGAUGAAUGCGAAAAAGAGCUCAAGCUUAUCCCAGAGCUUGAUGGAUAGCCAAGGAUAUGGAUCUUUAUCUGAAAGGCUUUAUAGAAAGACAAAAUAA